GUAACAGACAGAGAGACUGACUCUGUAAAAUGGAGGCUAAAGCUUUGAUUCCUGAGGACGAGCUCUGUUGUUCUGUAUGUUGUGAUAUUUUUAAAGAGCCUGUUGUCUUGAAAUGCUGCCACAGCUUUUGUAGAAAGUGUGUGAAGCAGUACUGGGAAGAGAAGAGCUCUCGAGAGUGUCCCAUCUGCAGGACCAAGGCCUCUAUGGAGGAUCCUCCUGUAAACCUGGCAUUAAGAAGCAUUGUGGAGUCCUACUUAAAGCAGAAGACUGAGAGUGAAGCAGAGAAACAUGAAGCUGCUGUGAAGAGUGAAGCUUGCUGCAGUCUUCAUGGAGAGAAAAUACUGUUGUUCUGUGAGGAGGAUCAGGAGCCUCUCUGUCUUGUGUGUCAGACUUCUAAAAAACACAGAAACCACCAGGUUUGUCCAGUGGAAGAGGCAGUACUGGAUCUGAAGGGGGAACUCAAGCCUGCACUUAAUCUUAUUAAAGAAAAACUGAAGAGAUUUUCUAAGGUUGAACAAGAAUGUAAGAAAACAGCAGAACAUGUCAGGAGUCAGGUCCAGCACACAGAGAGGCAGAUAAAGGCAGAGUUUGAGAAGCUCCACCAGUUCCUGCGAGAGGAAGAGGAGGCCAGACUGGCUGCACUGAAAGAGGAAGAGAUGUUGAAGAGUCUGAUCAUUCGGGAGAAGUCAGAACACAUAAAAAGACACAUCUGCACCCUUUCAGACAAAUUCACAGCUAUAGAGAAGGCCAUGGACACUGAAGACACCGCCUUUUUAAAGAACUACAAGGACAUACAGAUGAGAGCCCAGUGCACACUGCAGGAUCCAGAGCUGCUCUCAGGGGCACUGAUAGAUGUGGCCAAACACCUGAGCAACCUGAAGUUCAGAGUCUGGGAGAAGAUGCUGGAGAUGGUGCAGUACACUGCCGUGACUCUGGACCCUAAUACUGCAGCCCCUUGGCUCUCUCUGUCUGAGGAUCUGACCAGUGUGAGAGACACUGGAGUUCAACAGCAGCUCCCAGACAACCCUGAAAGGUUUGACUCCUGCGUUGAUGUUUUGGGCUCCGAGGGAUUUAACUCAGGGAAACACAGCUGGGAGGUGGAAGUAGGGAACCAACCUGAAUGGCAGAUAGGAGUGAUAUAUGAGCCUUUCAACAGGAAGGGGAUGCCAGCUGCUGGCACAGUGAAAGGCUUUUGGGUUCUAAACCUGGCAAAUGGUUAUGAGUAUGAAGCUUGUGCCAUUUCAGUUCCGAGUAAAACCUUGAAACUGAAGAGGAAACCCCAGAGGAUCCGAGUGCAGUUGGACUAUGACAGAGGAGAGGUGUCCUUCUUUGACCCCUCUGACAUGUUAUUAAUAUGCACUUUCAAAAACAAGUUUACUGAGCAAAUCUUCCCAUAUUUCUGCUUACACCCUGUUGGUAACCAUGGAGCCUUGCGGAUCUGCCCUGUGAAGGCUUCUGUAACACUGAUGCCGUGAUGGACAUAGAAAAGGCAUCCAUGACACAGCAUUUAGAGUAAACUCCCUUUAUAUAACUCUAAAUGUAUUAUUAU